UGUAAGGGGGGAUUUUAUUUCUGUGUCCUUCAAGAUCCAUAGAGAUUUAGCAAGUCUUUGGAUGAAUUCAAAGUUGUUGCUUCAAUUUGCUUCCAACAGAUGUCCCCGUUCAGUGUUUGAUCAGGGAUUAUGGGCUAUUUGUGAUACUGUGUGGACGAUUUUCCUUUGAUAUCUCACACCUAUUAUCUCCCAGCCAAGGGAGGUGUAGUAUGGAUAUACAUGUAUUCUCGGUAGCCAUGAUACCAUGAAAGGUGUGCUUCAAAUUUUUGGACUCUAGGAGAAUUUUGGAUCAUCCUCAUAUUGGGAUUCCAAAAUUUACCAGUUACCUUUUUGGCCGCAUAAACUCUGGACAAAGACUGUCAUGUCAGACUAAUGACCCACUGAUUCUUUUCAUGAUUUUGUUCAACAUUGGUCUGCUAUAGAAAGUCCGUUCAGAGAUAUAGGCUGUGCAUUUAAAGUUCCCUCUCUUUCUGAGAGUAGCUUUAUUUGUGUGGGACGUAUUGUUUACUUUUUGUAGUCAUUCAGUGAAAGGAGGUCCACGGCAUUAGUAUUGAUACAACAGUACAGAAUGCGUGGAGAGAGUUUCCUGUUUUUAUAAAGAAUGACCUUUAAAUUGAGUAAAAAGGGGGAAAGAAAGUGUUAAUAAGAAUUCUCAGGAUUAUUAGCAUUCGAUGAAAAAAAAAAUUAGUCUGGAGAGAAGUUAAUUCAAAAUGUAUUUUGUGAUGAGGAAAGUUUGUGAUACAACAUGUUAAGUGUUAAAUUCUGAGACUGUGGAUUUUUUUUUUAAAAUUUGACUCUGAUGAUCAAAAAUCACUUGAAGUGUUGUUUUCCUGCCUGUAAUGGUUCGUAAAUUUUGUCAGCAAGAGGGAGUUAUUUGAUUAGGGAUUUACAAUAAUUGUGUCUGUAUUCACAAUGGAAGGAAAUUUUGCAGCUACCAAUGCUACCACACUGAAAUAUUUAAGAUUCAAAGAUGAAAGGGAAGACAUCCAGAAAAGGUCAUUUACCAAGUGGAUAAAUUCACAGCUGUCAAAGGCUGGACAUUCCUUGGUAACAGAUUUAUUUUCCGAUCUCAAAGAUGGCACCCUCCUUCUGUCCUUGCUGGAGGUCCUCAGCGGCAAAGCUAUGGGUAAAGAGAAAGGACGCAUGCGAGUUCAUCACAUCAACAACGUCAAUCGAGUGCUGGACGUGCUCGCUCAGAGCUACAAUAUUAAACUGGUCAACAUUAGCAGCAAUGAUAUUGUGGACGGGAACCAGAAACUGACCCUGGGACUGGUGUGGAGCAUCAUCCUCCACUGGCAGGUCAAGGACGUGAUGAAGGACGUGAUGGACGACCUUCGACAGACCAACCUUGAGCGGACCCUGCUGACAUGGUGCCGACAGUGCACAGAGGGAUACCAGGGCGUGGACAUCCACAACUUCACCACCAGCUGGAGGGACGGGCUGGCCUUCAAUGCCCUCCUCCACCACUUCAGGCCUCAGCUGUUUGUGUAUGAUGAUCUGCUAAAGAAUGACAAUGAAACCAACUUGGAGCACGCAUUUCGUAUUGCGCAGGAUCACCUCAACAUAGACCGACUUCUAGAACCCGAGGAUGUCAAUGUAAAGACUCCAGAUAAGAAGUCCAUUAUGAUGUACCUGAUGUGUUUUUUCCAAGUCCUCCCCCACUCCAACAUCCCCACCCCCAGCGACGACCUGCCCCCCUCCACACCCUCAUCGGCUACGGAUAACCGCAACUUCCAAUUCACUGACCACAACAGUAACAAAGAGGUCAUCAUGUCAAUCAGCAGCUCCUCCAGUCAACACAGUAUGACCAGCACGCCCUCGGUUGACCUUUCGACCUACCAGGAUGACCUUGAAAAUGUCCUUGCAUGGCUCCUGGAGGCGGAGGAAAUCGUAGAAAAACAGGAGCCAAUCGGAAACGACAUCAAAAAGGUCAAAGGUCAAUUUAACCAGCAUGAAGAGUUUAUGUUAGAGCUGACAAAACAUCAAGACAGCAUUGGCAAUGUGGUCAAGGAGGGCAACGACCUUAUCACUGAGGGCAAGGUCACAGCUGAGGAGGAGAACGAGAUCAGGGUCCAGAUGGGGCUCCUCAAUAAUCGCUGGGAGGAGCUUCGCCUCAAGAUGAUAGAGAGGCAGUCCAAAUUACAGAAAAAACUAAUGGCUACUCAGCAAAAACAGUUGGACGAGUUAGCCGUGUGGCUGGAGAAAAUGGAGGAGCGAAUCCGCAAUCAGGAACCAAUUGGAUCAGAGCUAGACGCCAUCAAACUACAGAUAGCCAAUCACAAGAAAAUUCAGCAGGAGCUGGAGGUACAACAGAAGAAAGUGGACAACUUACAGGACAUGGUGGUGGUUGUAGAUGACACAAAUACAGAGUCGGCUUGUGAAGCCAUGGAGACUCAGCUACAGAGACUAGGGAAGAAGUGGGCGGCCAUUUGUACGUGGACAGAACAGCAGUGGCUGGUCCUACAGGACCUCCUUCUGAAGUGGCAGAACUUCUCCGAGGAGCAGGCCAAGUUUUCUGAUUGGCUUGCUGAGAAGGAGGGAAUUCUGGGAACUAUGAUGGAGUCUGACCUCACUGACCCUGACACAGUGAUUAAACAAGUCAAGGAUCUCAAAAUGAUAGAAAAUGACAUGGUGGAGCAGGUACAGCGGUUUGACUCGCUCACCGAGUGUGGUCAACAGAUCGUCCAGUACGUGGACAACGAGACCGCCGUGCUCAAGAUCAGCUCACAGCUCGAGAGCUUCCAGGAGCGCUGGGAGAAACUCGUACAGCAGAUGGAGACUCAUAGUAAAAAGAUUGCAAACUCAGGUGUAGAAUUAAGUAAUGUUUCCAUGGAGAUGAUGUCCGAAUUCACAGAGGACGGAAAACUCAAAAAUCCUCCCAACACUGCCAAGAGGCGGAAAAUGGACUCGGUGUUAAAAUCUCAGUUUGAGAUGGAAUCAAAGAAACUUUUGGAGUGGUUCGAGAGGACCGAGACAACACUUGAACUGCUCACCAAGGAUGAGGAUGGUGCAACUAGUUCACCCAACGAUCAGUUCACAGCCGAAGAACAACUUGUUCUUGUUCAGGACACAGAAAAUGAAGUUGAGGAGAGAAAAAGUGAGGUCCACAAAGUGUUAUCUACUGGAAGACGAGUUAUGACGGAGCUUAAUUUUGCGGGAGAGUCAACAGACUCUGUGGCAGGUACAUUGGCGGACAUUGAGCGGCGCUGGGACGCUCUGGCGGUGCUACUGUCCCACACAAUCACCAAGGUCAAUCUGAACAUCCAAUCAAAAAAGUUUUAUGACGAGCUCCACGCCCUGCAGGAACUGAUGUCCAGCUAUGAAAAGUGGGUCAGCUCGGCGGAGAGAAUCGCGGAGGAAGCCAUGGAGAUCACAAAACAGCUGGAGCAGUGCAGGGUGAAACUGAAGGCCAUGAAGUCCCAUGAGGACCGCAUAGAACGACUGAACCUGGAGGCGGCCUCCUUACUGGAGAGUUCUGGCACCACCAGGCAGAUCCAGAUGGACCUGGAGGCCUUCACCAAACGAUGGGAAACCACCUUCAACAAAAUCUACAAACGGCAGCAGGAGCUGACAAAUGCGCAGGAUAAAGCGCCCCCUAGGUCGUAUCUCGAGGCGAUGGAGGCCCUGCUGAAGUGGGUCACACACAUGGAGAGUUUGCUGGCCUCAGAGAAAAUGAAGAUCAACGAGGCAGAGGUGAUGGAGGAGCAGCUCAAACAGUACAAGAGCCUGCAGGAGGACUUACAAGAACACCAAGGAAGUUUGGACUACAUCAACAAGACGGGUAAAGAGCUGGUAGUGAAAUCAGGGCCCCACGACAAAGCCCAGGCCAUGGAGAGGAAUCUGGAGGGGCUCAACUCCAGGUGGAGCCAUGUGUCUCGCGAGAUCAACUCCCGUCUCACCAAGCUCGAGCGAGCUAUCGGGCAAAUCAAGCAAUAUCAGAAUCAGACAAUCGGGUUGACGCGCUGGAUGGAGGAACUGGGCGUCUUUUUGCAUGCUCCGGAUCCAGCCACGGGGGACAUCCCCAAUCUCACCGCACAAAUGGCCGAAAGCAAUGGAGUGAAAGAUGAUAUAGGCACACUGCAGCAGAACGUCAAUAAUAUACAGGACCUGUGCAAUCAGCUGACUGAGGAUGCCGACCCGAAAUUCGGCCAGAAAAUAACGCAGGAAGUGACAUCCUUGCAGGAGAAGUGGAACAAGGUGGUGACGAUGGCGGGGGAGCAGAACUCGCGCCUAAAGGGGGCGCUGGAGGCCAGCCAGAAAAUGUACGAGCGGAUCAAGGACAUGACAGAGUGGCUCGAGCCAAUCAAAGAGGACCUCUCUAACAAAGACUAUGCAGUGGAGAGUCUGAACGACCUCCAGGUGAAAAGUAAAAAGUUCAAGACAUUGAAACAAGAAGUGUCCGGGAGAGAGGGAGAGAACAACAAGAUCAAUGAGGACGCCAACGAGAUGUUGAACAGAGCCCCCGCGGGGAGCCUCCAGGACUUGGCCCGGUCACUGAUGAGGAUGAACGCCCUGUGGACGGACGUCUACAACAGGGUGGGGCACUACUCCCAGAUCUUCUCCACUGCGGAGGGACAGUGGAGGGAGUUCAGUGCAUUCUUGGAUGAGGAGACCCAGCGUCUGAAUUUACUGGAGAGGAAGAUCAGACGUCCACGUCUUGCCAGCAGUGAUGCUGAGGAGAUAUCAGAAGAUCUCGAUGACAUAGAGAUCUGUCUACAGGACCACACCCUGGACAAGAAGACCCGCCUACAGUCGCUGGGAUGCGACCUGAUGGCAAACUCCAUCAUGUCCGACCACAUCAAGUCCCAGAUCGAUGCCUACAGCGACCGAUGGAACAUCCUCGACUGUCAGGCAAGAGAGAAGAUCCACAAUUUGGAGAAGUCGAUCAGUCAAGCACAGGACACGGAGAGGAAGAUCCUGGAGAUGACCAACUGGAUGUCGGAUAUUGCGGAGCUGUUGCAGAAGAGAAUCGAUGCGGAUGUUGUCGCGGGCGACGUACCAGAGGAAUACGACUCGCUGAAGGAGGAAUUCAAACAGAACGAGGAAAUGCUGGCAGAACUCGAGACUUACGCUGCCGAUUUGGAGUCGGAGGGUAACAUGGAGGCCAGCACCAGGCUCCGUGAACAAAUCGAACUGCUGAAGAAACAUUACACCGAAGUGUCUGUGAAAUUUCGGAAGUUCCAGAGGCCUGCGGACUUCGAGCCCAAGUUUAGUCGGGUGAAGAGGGACCUGGACCAUAUUGGGGAACAGAUCCAUCUGGUGGAGAUUUCAUCGGAAGAUCCGGAAUUUUUACAGGAGAAGCUGGAAAUUUGUGUGAAAUUCUACCGUACAAUGAGCGAAUUGAAACCAGAGGUGGAACAGGUGAUAAAGACCGGACGGCAGAUCGCAGAGAAACAACAGGUGGAAUUCCCGGAGAAACUUAACCAGCAAAUGGAUGCCCUGAAACAGCAGUACAAUGAUCUCGGGGGACAGGUAACCAAAGGGAAGUCUGCCUUAGAGAAGGCCCUGAAGCUGGCCAAGAAGUUGAAGAAGGAGACGACCAUGGUGAAGGACUUUCUGGAGUCUGUCAAUCAGGACCUGGACUCCAAGGAAGCCACGCCCGGAGUCCAUAACCUGGAUCAGGAUCUAUCCUAUGUCAAGGAUGUACAAGAGGAGAUGCAGAAGAGAGUGUCCAUGUUAUCAACCAUGCGUGACCUAGUAACCCAGAUAGAGGACCUGACGGAGGACAAAGCGCUCCCCGAGGCAUCGGACAAUGUUACGGAGAUCUCCAAUGUGUGGGAGGGUCUGGCCAGGAGGCUGUCUCUUAAACGGGAAAAACUAUCAGAUGACAUCAGCUCCCUAGAACUCUUGUUUGUGGAUUUCCAGACCGCACUGAUGAAGGUCAAAGAAUGGCUGACCAAGGCUGAAGGCACACUGAUGGCCCAUGAACAGCUCCCCGUCUACCAGCAAAUGUCUGACCACGAGAAGGAAAAGAUCUGCGACCUUCAGUCCGAAAUCGGCGACCUUGUGAGUCAGGUGGAGGAAGUGCGAGACUCGGCCCUGAGUCUGAUAAGUAAGAGCGAUCGCUACAGUGCCAUGGUCGAGCCCGAGCUCACUCACCUCAACCAGCGCUGGGACGACGUCAGACAAAGGGUAAAGCAAAUACAUGAACAGCAGACCAAGGAAGGAAAUGCUUCCAUGGAGAUCACCAAGACAACAGUGUUGGAGGUAUCCCAGAGUUCCCUGAUGUCAUCGUCUGCUGAUACUAGCACUGCUGCCGACGAUGGAGAAUUUCAGGAACAAUAUGACACAGUAAUGAAAGAGGUCAUCGUCCUUGACAACAGCCUGGUCAACAAAGGUCAAGUGACGGUGGAGGACUUAGUAGGAAGACCAGAAGAUAAAACCAAGAUUCUAGAUGUGGAGGUCAACAAACUUCAACAAGACGUGUCCAACAUUGCCGACCAGGGGAGACUACUAGCCCACAAAAUUGACCUGGAUGAUCAUGAUAAAGCCAUCCGCAUCUACAGACAGGUGGAAGACAUGAAGUCAAAGUGGAACCAGGUGAAGACAAAUGCCGAAACCAAGAAGACUACGAUCGUGUCGAUGGGGGCGUCGUACAGUCAGAUUCAGGAGGAGAUGAGGGAUCUCAAUGUGUGGCUGGACAACAUUGAGAGGAGGGUCCAGUCCAUCAGGAAGGAGGAUCUAAAGGCAUUUGAGGAAGAACUUAGCCGGCGACAAGUAAAACUGGACACUGUCAAUGAAGAAACAAAGGAACUAAGCAAAAAAGGAGCCGGCUCGCUGGUAGAGGAGGAUAUCUCGAGACUAAACAAACGAUGGGAGGACAUCAGCCAGCAGGUCAAAGGGCGCCGAGACGUCACGUCACCGGAUCGACCAAUGAUGUUCAAGCCCAGCGGCGUGGCGACGUCCAGGUUGGUGAGGAUGUCGGGGAAGUCGGCGGUGGAGUAUUUACACGAUCUACAGAGACUGGUGGAGGACUUAUCUCACGUACAGACCAAGCUGUUGUCUCAUCUACUGCAGGGGAACCUGUAUGAUGAGGUGGAGCAACAAGGCGAUCUACUCAAGGAAAUUCAAAGCCAACUGGAGGACCUGCAUCCUCGGAUGGAAGAGCUGGAGCAGCAGAGACAGGAAAUCCUGCCCAAGUGUUCCCCGGAGGAGGCGGGCCGAGUACGGCUAACGCUGGAACAACUGCGCGCGGACUGGACCCAGAUCAAUGGACAGUUCAACACCUCCCACAAGAGAUGGACGCGAGCCUCUGAACAGUGGAAGCGGUUCCAUGCGAACUUCAAGGAGAUCACCACGUGGCUGCUAGUGGCCGAAUCCAACCUAGAGAACAAUGGGGACGCAUCACACAAGGAAAUUAAAAAUGGACUGCAGACCCAUCAGACCACUUUGAACAAUAUGAACACAACAGGAAAUGACAUCAUAGGACAGUCCAACAUGCUGGAUGCCAAAGGGAUGAGGGAGAAACUGGACGCCAUCAACAGGAGAUGGGAGACUCUGUACGAGGCAGUGCAGGAGAAGAAAGACAGGACAUGGACCUCAGACUCCAAGCAAUGGGAGAGAUUCCACGCAGACAUGAGGCAGGUGACAACAUGGCUGCUGGUUGCUGAAGCCGACCUGGAGAGAAAGGGGAGAGCAGCGUAUGAGGAUUUGAGUUCUGGGAUCAAGAGUCAUCAGAACAUCCUGAACAACAUGAAUGCAGAGGGAGGGGAGGUGAUCCAACAGUCCAACAAGAAUGACGCCCACACCCUGAGGGAGAAACUGGACCACAUCAACCGGCGGUGGGACAAGCUGUGUCAGGCAGUGCUCCACCCAUCAGACAGCUCAGCAGAAAGUAUGAAGACAUCAGAUUUCUCCACAGAAAUGGAUGAACUGUUUCUCUGGAUUGACGAGACAGAAAAUGUCCUGGCCAGUUAUGUUACUCUGGAUGAAAAGAGCCUGGACGAAACACUGGAAAAAAUCAAGGACAAGGAAGAUGAGGUGAAAGGAAAGAGGAGAAUGUUACAGGAGAUCAACACCAAGGGAGAGAAGUUACUGAGGGAGACCACCCUCACCCCGGGGGACAAAGAGAACAUCCACAAGGACCUGGACAGCCUGAACCAGCGGUUUGUCAAGGUGGCCGGAGAGAUCCCGCAGCACAUUUCACGGACGGAGCAGAGACUCCACAAACUGCAGCAGUUCCAGAGCGAGGUGUCCCAGCUCCAGCAGUGGCUGACCGCCACCCGGGCUCUUCUGGAGGCCCAGCACCACCCAGUGUCUGCCACCUCAGUCGACCAGGACGAUUCCAUUGUUGUAGACCCACAGUCUACAAGAGCAGCCAUAGAAUCUCACAGAGAAAACGUGGACAGUAUCAACAGUCAGUACGGGGAUCUGAUGGAGGAGUGUGCUGAACAGGAAGUGGUCAUGCCAGACAGCAUUCAGCACCAAAUCAACGAGGUCAAUUCUGAUUGGGAGAAAUUACAGGGACUGAUGGACAGAAUCAAACCAGUCACAGACAACUUUCUAGAGGAAGUUUUGACUCAAGUGAAAGUUUCGCAGAUGCAACAGACAGUUGUCAUAGAAACCAGGCAGACAACAGAGGUCAACCAGAGUUCACUGAUCCUGGACUUUGACCGUUCUGUAGCCGAGCUCCGUGAUUGGCUGACUCUCCUGGAGAGGAUGCUGAAAUCUCAGAGGGUUACAGUUGGCGAUAUUUCCGAUAUUGAACAAACCAUCAUGAAACAAAAGUGGUUUCUGUCGGGACAGCUACUUAAUGUUUUGCAAGACAUGGAGUCGAAGAGGCCCCAGCUCGAACAAGUUCUGAGCACAGCCAGAGAUCUGCAGAAGCAGAGGAUGAGUGAAGAGGACAAAAAGAUCCUCAAGGACAGAGCGGAGAAAUUACAAGAGCACUGGGAAGAGGCCUUGUCACAUGUCAAUCAGAGGAAGACCCAGCUGGACGACAUGCUGCUCGAGUGCCGUCAGUUUGACGAGAUGCACGCCGAGUUCGAGCGCUGGCUAGGACAGAUCGAGGAGGAUCUCCAUGCCAACCCAGUCAGGGCCUCAGGGACCAACAUAGACCAGCAGAUAACUAAACAGAAACAACUGCAGUCAGAGGUUGAUGAGAGACAGCGUAUCAUUGACAAGCUGAAGAAGCUGGCCAGUAAGCUGAUAGACGAGUACUCCACAGACGACACCAGUCACAUCAAGCUACAGCUGGAGAAGGCCAUGAACCGCUGGUCCACCCUACUUCACAGGCUAGCCUUUAACAUCAAGUCCCUCCAGAACAACAAGAACUCGCUGUCCCAGCUGGACGGCACCCUGGAGGUGUUCCUGGGGUGGAUGAGGGAGAUGGACAAGAGCCUGGUGCGCCUGGUGGAGGAGACGGGGAGGGGCGACGUCCGACAGAACCAGGAGCUGUGCUCAGAGUACCUGGUCCAGUUCAAGGAUCUCCAGGCAGAAGUUGACACAAACAAGACAACAUACGAGUCGUUGAACAGCAGUGGGGCGAGGCUGACCAGAACCAUGGGGGUGAGCGACGCUCAGGCUCUACACCGGCGCCUGGAGGAGAUGAACCAGCGCUGGGUCAGUCUGAUGACCAAGUCCAUGGAAAUCAGGGGUCGUCUUGAGAGCAAUGCUGACCAAUGGCUGCACUUGGUGAACACCCUACAGGAGCUGAUUGGAUGGGUGCUAGAGAAGCAGCAGGAACUCUUGGCUCAGAGGCCCCUGGGAGGGGACACCGAGGCCCUCCAAAGGCAAAACAUGGACAAUCAGCGGCUUCUGAUGAGCCUGGACACCAAGCGACCAAUCGUAGAGCAGAGUCUGGAGGCGGGGCGGUUCUACCUGAGGGAGGAAGGGCUAGAGAGACGCCUCAGUCAGGACAGCGUGGACAGCCAUGAAAACGAAGCUUUAGCUCAGGGCGAAGUAACUCAUGAAGCACAACAUCUCAUCAUCAAAAUCCGCCGACAAGUUCGACUUUUGAACAGGAAGUGGACAGAGUUGAACCAGGGAUGUCACGAGUGGCAGAGUCGAAUAGGACAUGCUUCUGAGAUAAUGAGCCAUUUACAAAGUGGGCUGGAGAAGAUGGAGGGUCAUUUAGUGCAGGCAGAGCAGUCCAAGGCAAAGUGGGCUCCAGUGGGCGAUAUAGCCCGGGAAAAUCUACAGAGAGAAAUCCAACACACAAAGAGCUUUCAGAUGAGUCUGGAGCCUCUACAGAGAGAUGCUGAACUGGUCAAUGAACUGGCCAAUCAGCUGCAAGCUCUUCAUGUGGUGCUGUCCCAUACUAAUGUCCAUAAACUGGAAGACUAUAACACUAGGUUUAAGGAGUUACAGAUACAGUCGGAGGACAGACUCCGAGAUCUCACAGAGACUCUACGUGAAUUUGGUCCGGAAUCACAACACUUUCUAUCAGCCUCUGUGGGACACCCAUGGGAGAGAGCUGUGUCAGGGAAUAAAGUGCCUUAUUACAUUAAUCACAAUACAGCUACAACCCACUGGGACCACCCCAUGAUGACCGACUUGAUGGACAGCUUAGCGGACUUGAAUAAUGUCCGAUUUGCAGCCUACAGAACGGCCAUGAAGCUGAGAAUGCUUCAGAAAAAGCUCAGAUUGGACUUGGUAGCCAUGACUCUAGCUACCGAGUCUUUCGAUGCACACAACCUCAGGGGACGUAAUGAUAACGUUAUAGAUGUCAUAGACAUGAUUCGCUGCCUCAAGACCAUGUACGAAAGGAUCGAGGCCAAACACCAGAAACUGGUCAACAUCUCCCUCUGUGUUGACCUAGUACUUAACUGGAUACUCAAUGUCUAUGACAUUGCCAGGAGUGGAAAAAUUAGAGUUUUAUCUUUUAAAGUUGGAAUACUUUUAUUAUGCAAUGGACACCUUGAUGAUAAAUAUAAAUUUUUGUUCCGUCUGAUCGCGGACACUAAUGGUUUCUCUGACAAGCGGCGCCUGGGUCUACUCCUCCACGACUGUAUGCAGGUGCCCAGACAGCUGGGGGAGGUGGCUUCCUUUGGGGGCAGCAACAUCGAGCCCAGCGUCAGGAGCUGUUUUGAAAUGGCUAAUGGCCGCCCGGAAAUCCAGGUGAGCCACUUCCUGGAGUGGCUGAAACUGGAGCCACAGUCCCUGGUGUGGCUACCGGUGCUGCACCGCCUUGCUGCCGCGGAAACCGCCAAACAUCAGGCAAAGUGCAAUAUCUGUAAAGAAUACCCCAUAGUAGGAUUUAGAUAUCGAUGUCUACGGUGCUUUAAUUUUGAUAUUUGCCAAAACUGUUUUUUCUCGGGGAGAAAGGCCAAGAAUCACAAGCUUGCCCAUCCAAUGCAAGAAUACUGUACCGCUACAACCUCAGGAGAAGAUGUUCGUGAUUUCACCAAAGUGCUGAAAAACAAGUUCAAGUCCAAACGCUACUUCAAGAAGCACCCCCGUCUGGGGUUCCUGCCAGUCCAGACCGUGCUAGAGGGCGACGUCUUAGACAGCCCCUCACCCUCGCCCCAGCACAGUAUCUCGUCCCAUGAUAUGCAUUCCCGUCUCGAGCUCUACGCCAAUCGGUUGGCGGAAGUGGAGCAGAGACAAAACUCAUCCACUCCUGACUCAGAUGAUGAGCAUCACUUGAUUGCCCAGUACUGCCAGAGUCUAAACGGAGAUACCUCAACUCAAGCUCUGAAGAGCCCUAUGCAGAUCAUGAUGGCCGUGGACUCGGAGCAGAAGUCAGAGCUACAGGCCAUGAUCAGGGACCUGGAGGAUGAAAACAAAACACUCCAAGCCGAGUAUGAUAGAUUACGAGAGGCUAACGAGAUGCGGGUUGUCAAUGGUAAUGGUUUCUCCGACUCCAUGGAGGAGCCUGAGGACCACGAUGAGGAGAUGAUUGCCGAGGCCAAGUUACUACGGCAACACAAAGGUCGACUGGAGUCUAGGAUGAGGAUCCUCGAGGACCACAACAAACAGCUGGAGGCCCAGCUCCAGAGGCUCAGGCACCUCCUGGACCAGCCCCAGGAGACCAGUGUCCCGGUGAACAACUCAGUGCCCAUCUCCCCCUCCCCCACACACCCCACCCCCCAGAGUCAGUCCAAGCUACGCUUCAGCCCUGUCCAGGAGUCCACUCCCAAAGUCAACGGACAUUCAGAGAAAAGCACAGAGGAAAAUGGUGAUAUUAGUGACAUAGUACCCAACACAAGCACAUCAUUUUCUGAAGAAAAAGGAAAUAGCAGUGUGGGGAAUUUAUUUCAUUCCGCCGGACAAAUCGGCAAGGCCGUGGGGUCGCUAGUGGAAGUGAUGACGGAAGACGGCGAGCCCGAGGAGGAUUAACAGAUUAACUCAUUGAUGAUUCAGCGGAUUAACGAGACCCUCCAACAAUUCAUGGACAGCUAUAUACGGAUCUUAAGUGUGUUAAAUUGCUUUUUCUACGGCAAGCUUAAGUAAUUUUAAAACUUGAAUACUCUUGUUUUUAUGAGACGAAUCAAUUUUGUACACUAUAGCCCGAAUUUUAUCAUUACUUAUAUUUUAUACUGUACAUUUCUUCUUCAUUCUUAAAGAAACAAACUGCAUGUCUGAAUUGAAAAUUAUGAAAUAAUUGUUAAGAGUAUUUGAUAUGUUUGCUUAUCUUAUAUUGAAUAUUCAGACAAUAUUCAAAGUUGUUUUGGGCACUUUUGGGUAUUUAGUUGUUUUUCUUUUCUUUUUUACGUCAGCAAGGGAUGUUGAACACAAAGGGCAUUGUUGAUUUAUUUUUAUUUUUUCUACAAAAAUAAAGUUUAAUGAUUUCAUUGAAUUUUUUUUUCAGCUAAAUUUGAAUGCAUUUAUGAUGUUUACCCAAUAUACACAAAUUUAGUUGUAUCACACGGUUGUGAAAUUUGUGAUACUUUUAUUUUGUAUUUUUCAUAAAUUGUUCAUUCAUUUUUCAAUAACAGAAAAUAUUUGUGACUUGAUAAAGAAUAUAGUGUGUAUUUUUUUUGUUUUUGUCUACAAAAGGUUAGUGUGAAAAUUUUUUUGGUAUAUUUUUGGCUCAGUUUGAUGAAAUUCUGAUGCAUACUUUAAAUUUUUCUAGAAAUAUAGCUGUAGAUAUAAAUCAGAAGGCUGUCUUAAUCGAGAAUGAAGGUUUAAUUCAGAGAAAGAAACCAUGGUGCUAUAAUUUUUAAUUUUAUAAAAUGAAAUGCAAAAAGAGGCAAUUUUCAUUUUUUUUUUUGAUGAUUUAGAAUUGAAUGUGAAAACAUUGCUACGUGUUUAUGUAAAGGGUCAAGGGAAAUUAUUUCACCCAAAAGAAACACAUACAGAACGUCGCAUUUUCCAGCAGCUGUCCUUUAUAUAUAGUUAUGGUUAUUAUUUAUUAUUAUUUCAUUUCAAUAAUCAAGAGAGACAAAAUGAUGUUGAUUUAUAAUUAUUAUUUAUAAGUAAAUACUAUAUAUGCAUGUUUAUCUACAAAUUUACUUUAAGUGAUAAACUUGUAGCUACAUCUUGGAGGAAGAAUCCCCGAUUAUAGAGAGUUUGUUAAAUUAUUUUUCUUGAAAUAGCCAAAAAACUAUCAUUAAAUUGUUGAUUGAUUCUACAACAUUUAUGUACACACUUUAAUUCUACAACUUUGCUGCUGAUUAAGUUUAUGUUGAAUUUGUUGGUGUCAGACACGAAGGCUUUAUGAAUUGUAUUGAGUUUAUGUGUUUAAGCCUGAAUGGUAAUGAGAGUGUAUUUGUGCAUUAACUGUGUAUUGAAAUAUCAUUUUGUUCAGGAGUCAAACAUUAUUAAAAAUGCCAUAAAUGAUAUGUAAACAUA